AAUCAUAGCUGAUUGGCCACGCAAGAUGAAUGAAUGGACAGAAAUUUCAAACUGCUAUUCAACGGAAAUGGAAGAAACGAUCCGCUCCGCGUGACGUUGAUGGAGCAACUGACUUUGGUGGCCGGGCCAGCUGAAAGCAAAAGUCAACCGCCUCAGAAAGGGGAUGAUUGUUGUUUUGGAGGUUGCCACACGUAGACGCAGCUCCUCCUUCUGCUGGAGCCCUUCACCUUUUCGUCCGCCCAUUCGAUGAGAGAGGCACACACGACGACGAUGGACGUGGAGGAGCAGCAGCGCACCGCAGUUUACCUUCCCUCGCUUCUAUCCAUCCGAAAAGCUGUCAGUAUGGACUUUGAAGUCGCACAGCUUCUUAUUUUUCGCUUGGUGUUGUCGCUGUCCGUCUCCGGUUGCCACCUGGACGCAGAAGAAUCCCUUUGCAUCAUUGUUUAGAAAAACAUCAUUCACGCACAUCCCAAUCAGUUGGAAACCAAGAAAUGUUAUCCUUGCCUUUAAUCGCCGUCUGUGUCGUAGCGCUUUUCACAUCUGCAGGAAUCUUGGAGUCGUUUUCACGUGGCUUACAGGCAGCCGCCAUCCUCAACAUGAAUCGACCGCAGCAAAAGCCCCCACAGACGACAACCGAGACAACACCUGAAAAUGAUGUUGCCAGUCAUUGGCAAAUGAACAGUUCGUUCACUUACAUGCCGACGAUGAGCGGCGCCCUACAGCGUGUUGAUUUAUGCGAAGGAAACGUUCUCGUCCCAUUAUCCGAUGUGAAAAAGGAAUUGACAUUUAAAUCGUCCCAGUUUCCAUUCAAACGCUCCGUGCCUCUGCUGUGUUCGUGGAACGUCAAGGUGGAUAACAAGUGCCGUCGCGGUCUAGUCACGAUGGUCAUUAAUGAACGCAGUCGACUGUCGGCCGAUAGGAGAUGUACCAAAGGAUAUUAUCGCGUCUCUCCAUUCAUGAAAGAAGCCAAAAUAUGUGGUCGUAUCAACACGGUGCCGGCCUUCCAGUGGUACGUGGAGGAUCAACAGCCAGAAAAUGUGACCAUCACGUUGAAACAUAACGGACUCGACGACGGCUAUUCGGAGGGACUCGGUUUUACUCUUUCAGGUGAAUGUCUGGCUGACGCGUCUGACAUGACGACUAGCAAAGCAACCAGAUCCUACACUCAUUGGCUGCAUGAACUUUCAAAAAGCCAAUCGGCAUCAACGGGGGCUCUUACGGUCGUCUUGCCGUUCGUGACUUUAGACGAUAUGCCUUUGGAGGGGGCCAUCGCAGAUGACUCUGCCCAUCUUGCAAAUACAACCGACAGUGAAGCAGAGACUGCCAUCCAGCCAUUGCAAAAUGUUGUCAUCAAAGUGACCACUUCGUUGUCGAACAACAACACGAAUACGACGCAACCCGUUGCUGACCGAUUGCAGGCCAAUUCCAAUCAAACCGGGACGGUAACUGUUGGUGUAGGCAAAAAUGUGACGGCCCCUGUUCAUUUGCCGAUCACCGAUCAUAAUGAUGUCACCGAGAUGCCCCCCAAAGUUGAUCAGACGACCGCAUCAGCGAAUGAUAGAAACGCGCCCGGUCAUGCUGUCGACUUCAAAGUGCCCGAAGACGAUAGCGAAAUCCCGUGGCUGAUUGUCGAAUCCCUUAAACCCAUUCCUUCACCUUUGAAAAUGUAUCCAGACAUCCGCAGUCGCCAACCCAGCCGGCCGGUGCCCUACGAUAAUAAUCCCGACAUCCCGUGGCUCAUUUUGAAGUCGCCUGACUCGACUCCAUCGGUUCCAACCACCCGCCCAGCACCGACCCCUAAAAGUCCUUCACCUACUGCGAUUGUUCCAAUCAGACGUCCUCUGCCCACCACUGCCCGACCGACCACCCACCACUGGCCAAUGCGCCAUUCUGCCCAGACUAACAAUAGACUCAUUUCUUCCUUUAUUCGGCCUCAAAGACCAAACGUUCCUGUCCGUCCGCAAGUGCGGCCAACAACUUCUAUCGAUAAUCAAGGCAUUCCGUGGCUUAUCCUGAAAUCUCCCGAUCCUAGUCCGUCAUCAUUGGAAAUGUUUCAUUACCCGGAAAGUCCAACUACGAAUGAACUUGUUUCCAACGAGGACAACGACGAUCGAUCCUCUGAUUAUUUCUUUUCGAGAACUUGAUGGUUUUUUUUUCGUAUUUAACUGAAACCAACGUCAUUCGACUCCAACCCCAAUUGAGGAAAACUAAAAUUCUAUAAUUACAUCCCGAGUUAUCCAGGCAAAAAUUGUUUGUAUUUAACUGCUGCUGUUUUAACUUGCACUUUAUCCUCCCCGUUUUGUUCUAGGCGAUGCUAAAAUCGAAUUUUCUGAAAAAUAAAUGCAUUUACAUGUGA